AUGUUUGGUCAUCCUAGGCCCUUGCUGGACUACUUGGAUGAGUCUGAGUGCACUGCAUUCACUGGCACACAUGUCAUGAUUGACAUGGAGGAGACGGGGGAGCACAACUCAGUGUUUGCAGAACUGGCAGAUGCAGAUGUGGAGGAUGGCCAUCCAUAUCCUGUCGUGUCCUUUGACUUCCAGUGGUGGUUCAUGGACAAGACCAUUGGCAGCAAGAACUUGCCCAGGGGCCUGACGCAGCCUGUCACAUGCAAGUUCAAUCCUGACAGUGCGGCUAACUGCAGCAAGGCCAAGAACAAUGCACCAAACUGGGACAAGAUCUUGACUGAUGGUCUUGAUCUUGUGGGCUACAAUACGCAUCCAUACAUGUCCAUGAUCCAUGGUGAAGUCUGCUGUGAUGUGUACUCCAACUACUUCCUUCCCAAGCUCUUCAAACUUGUGCAUCUCUGGUUCUUGAUCAUGUUUCUUGCUGAUGACUUCCACGCCAUGCAAGCUCAUUCUAUGCUUGCUUUCAAGAGCAUGGGAUACAUCAAGGCUGACUUGAUGGAUCAAGCGACAGCUUCCAUGGUGGCCAAGCACACGAAGGAGAAGGUGGAAGCAGCUCACAAGAAGGCUUGUGACCUUGCUUGUCAUGAAGGUUGUCCUGUCCCUCCCAAGCCAGAGAAGAUUGAGGUGCCCCACAUCAAGCAGCACCCACUUGCAGUCAAUGAUGUGACCAAGAUCCCUGCUAACCAUCCUCUUCUUGUGUAUGCCAAGGCAUACAUCAAGUGGGAGCAUGCUGAGGGGGGGAACACUUCAAGCACUGGUAUGACCCCCUCUGGCUUGCUCUCGCUCUUGGGCAACAUGCAAGCCCAAGCCUUGCAAGCUGUCACUUCAACUCCCCCAGGUCGUGGCAAGGGUCAUGCACCCACAAACUUGUUCUUGGGCAUGCAGAUCUUGACACCCACCCCCGUGACCAAGUCCAUGCCCAUGAGCAUGACACAUGAUUGUGCUGGAAGUGGGAGCUCAUUCAUCUUGCCCUCAAUGCCUACUGCUCCUGCCCUGUCCCAGCCCAUGACCUUGGGCAUGCGGGCCACAACUAUUGGUUUGCCUGCCCACAUCUUUGAUGCUGCUGGCUCAUCCUGCCUCAUUCAUGCACUUGGUCAUGGGAAGUUGAUCACUGCCAAUCCAACCAAGUCCUUCUCCCACCUCAUCUUCAUGUGCCCUAACAAUGACAAGUCCUACUGCUGCAUGCGCAAGCUCCUGUACAACACUUGUGCCACUUGCAGCGACUUCUUUCAUGAUGUUGGUCAAGAGCAUGCCACAAGCAUCAAGUUCAACUUGCAUGCGUACAGCAUGCAGAAUUUGAGCUUGUUGAUGUGCAUAACAAGAACAAACAUGGCCUGCCUGGGGCCAAGCAAAAAGGAAUGGGCACAGCACAAGCUCAAGCAUGAUUUGAACUGCUUGCAACAUGCCAAAGCUGCCAAGCUGCUUGACAUCACGGAACAAGCAUGGAUCCAGACACUUGACAAGAUCUCCAUCAACACAGGGAUCUCCAAGAACAUCUUGAAUGCAAACAUGAAGGGGAGGAAGACUGGCUACUUUGACAACAAGCACUGCAUGAGCUUGCACAAUGCAGCCAAGCAUCUGCUUGCUGAAGAGGCUUGGGCAAGAGGUAUGCCAAUCUCUUUCCUUGUAUUUGCUUUCUCAUCAUGGUUAAGUGAUGUCUUCUACUGGGCCUUGCCCAAGAACCAAUGCAUCAUCAACUCCAAGGUGGAAUGGCUUUGUGGCCAUCCAGAAGCCACUCUCUCCAUAGAGCAAUUGAUCUUGGCCAAGUGGGGGAACAAGCAUCUUCAAGUCUGGAUCCCUGCCCAUGCUCGUCUUGCUGACACUGUCCUCAUUCAAGAUAUGUUUGAGAAAGAGGCAAGUUCUUCCUUCAUGAGCAUGUACUUUUUCAUGCUUUGUGGUGCUCAUAUUCCGGUAGAGAAGCUCACAGGCAAGAACAACCUCAUGAUGUCAUACAAGCAAUUUGGCCACAACAUUGAAGACCACUACAAGGUCACGCUUCAAGGAUGGCCAUUGCCGGCACUUGUCAACCCCUCCUACAUCUCCUUGCUCAGCGACCUGCAAAAGAUAGGUCUUGUUUCUUUCAACCCAUGGGGAAGCAAGACUUUGUAUGCCAUGCAGAAGAACAAGCUCAUGUCUCAGCCCUUGGGCAGACAAAGCACAAGCAGGCAGCAGCAGAUGAUAAUGAUGGCCAUGAUGAUCCUGCAGAGGAUCUUCCACAAGUGA